AUUUCAGUCGAAUUUUAUCCUCCCAUCGGAACGGUAACGAGCUCCACAAGACAAAAAAGGGAAACCAGCCAGAAAGCCAACUCGGGAACUAACUGUCAAGUCGUUAGGCGCGCGGGCUCGCUGACGUCGUGACGCGCUAGCGUUAUCUUGCGUUCCAGUUUUUUUUAGUGAGAAACGACUCGUCGCGGCGUGCCCACUAAAUCUUGUGCGUUCGGAUCGGAAACAGUGACAUCAGCAAUAGGAGAUCGUCCGGAAAGUCGACGGGAAGCUGCCGCCAGCAGAUCAGCAGUAGCAGCAUCAGCAUCAGAUCAGGGCGAUGACAAAAUUCUUCAAAGCGUUGUGCCGCAAAAAACCAAACGACGACGAUGGGAGCCAUUCGAAGUUGGCCCGAGUCCUAACCCUGCUUGAUCUGACCGGAUUAGGGGUUGGAAGUACCCUCGGUCUGGGAGCUUACGUACUGGCCGGAUCGGUUGCCUACGAAAAGGCUGGACCGGGUGUGGUAGUUUCGUUUGUGAUUGCUGCCGUUGCCGCGGCCAUUGCUGGACUGUGCUAUGCGGAGUUCGCCUCCCGGGUUCCGAAGGCAGGAUCGGCCUAUAUUUAUACUUAUAUCACGAUUGGGGAAUUUGCUGCUUUUACGAUCGGAUGGAAUCUGAUGCUGGAGUAUAUCAUAGGAACUGCCAGCGUUGCACGAGGACUGAGUGCCUACAUCGAUGCCCUCAUAGACAACAAAAUGGCGAAAACGCUCACGGGCAUCAUGGAAAUGCGUGUCAGUUUCCUGGCCAAGUAUCCGGACAUACUGUCGUUUCUGGUUGUCCUGACCAUAACGGCUUUGCUGGCCUACGGAGUGAAGGAAUCAACAACCCUGAAUAACAUUUUCACAGCCGUUAAUUUGAUGGUCAUCGCCGUGGUACUGAUUUCGGUUGGAACGGUAGCCGAUUCUGCCAACUGGAACAUCCGGCCAGAGGAUAUCCCACCGCAGGUGGAACGACCCGGUGCUGGAGGAUUUCUACCUUACGGGAUAGCUGGGGUGAUGGCCGGAGCAGCGAAAUGUUUCUACGGAUACGUAGGGUUCGAUUGUAUCGCAACAACUGGGGAGGAAGCGAAGAACCCUUCACGAAACAUCCCACUGUCAAUCAUCUUUUCUCUGGUGAUUAUUUUUCUGUCGUACUUUGGUGUUGCCAUGGUUUUAACGAUGGCACUGCCGUAUUACGAACAAAAUCCAGUUGCACCGUUCCCCCAUCUUUUCGACUAUCUCGGAUGGGCCGAAAUCAAGUGGAUCGUGUCGAUUGGUGCCAUUUUCUCGCUAUGCACUAAUUCUCUGGGGGCCAUGUUCCCGCUGCCUCGAGUGAUGUACGCCAUGUCAUCGGAUGGAUUGCUGUUUAAGAAACUCCGCAGCGUCAAUCCUCUCACCAAAACCCCACUACUAGCAACCAUCAUUUCCGGUCUGAUUUCCGGUGUAAUGUGCCUUUUAUUCGAGCUGCAUCAACUGAUCGAUAUGAUGUCGAUCGGGACCCUGCUGGCGUACACCAUUGUGGCCGUUAGUGUUCUAGUGUUGCGAUAUGAUGAGAAUACCAACUUUCGGACUGAAGUGCCCAUCCAGGAUAAAACACAACUGGUGAAGCAGUUGUUCAAUCUGAAUAUUGCCAAAAAGCCGAAUGCCGUGUCGUCGAAAAUUGUGAAGAUCAGCCUGUUUCUUUUUGCCAUUGCCGUUUGCGGUAUCAGCGGUGUGAUGGUUCACUGCCAGGAGCACCUGGAAGCCCAGAACCCCACCUACCUGACGGUGCUGAUAAUCCUAGCCAUGGCCAUUCUGAUCCUGUUCAUGGUAAUCUCCUGUCAACCGUGCGAACAAUCCAACAUCCGCUUCAAGGUUCCGAUGGUGCCGUUCAUCCCGAUGCUCAGCAUGCUCGUAAACAUCUAUCUGAUGUUCCAGCUGGAUCUGGAAACGUGGAUCGGUUUUUCGGUUUGGCUGCUGAUCGGAUUCAUCAUCUACUUCACCUAUGGUAUCCGGCAUUCGGCGCUUGGAUCCGCCGGACAAACGCUGUCCGAAAGCCAGCUCGAGAGUCCUUUCGCCCUGAUAGGAAUCGAGAAGGCGUAGUUCAGUUUGUUAGUUUUUUUUUGUUCUUAGGUGAUCUUGAUAAUAGCUAAGGUUCAUUCCGCGGGUUUAGAUGUGUAUAGCUAGUAAGGAAGUCGUUUUCAUCAAUGAAAAGUUGUGACAAUUUUGUUUUUCAGACGUGCGCGUACGCGCAAACUGUAUACAUAUAAGGCAUUUCCCCACUUGUCAGACGAACAGCUGAUUCCUCAUGUUUACAUUUUCUCGGCAUAUCGUGGUAGGGUAAACAUAACAACAACAUUACGUAUGUUCAAUGACCAGAUAGUAACGAUAUGAAAUUGGCAAUGCAAUUGUAGUGGUUUUGCAAGCGCACCUUGGUGAGGAGCAUAUAAAUUCUUUGUUUAAUGAUUUGUAAAUUCAUAACAAAUUGAGACAUGAAGGUUUUUUGAUGCUUUUAAUUAAAGAAGUUUUUAAAAGAAAGCAUUGAACAGUGCUUAUCAUCAAAGAUCAAAAUGGCGACCAGUUGGUGUUUACAUUUUUCAAAACAAAAACAAAAAGCUACCCUACCACAAUCUGUCUCAGGAAAUACUCUAUUACACAGUGUAUUUAUAAAUUGACGGUUCGAGCGCUAAAGCUUCAAUAAUAAUCGAGGGGAGGGAGUGGGGGACAAACAAUCCAUACCAAAG